AUUUUUCCAAAACUGUAGCAUGGAGGCAAGUAUCAUACGCAGCAGUGUUGAGAAUGAAACCGGACAGCUCGUCGUCACUGAUAAGUUCACGGCCACAGCUUCGACAUGGACAUGACCACGGUGUAGGGAUUUUGACUCCUGACUGGCCGGCAUCCUUCUCCAACCAUCACCUGUCUGCCCUCAGUCUGCUCAGCUCCCAGGAGGAAUAUAGUAGCCAAGAGAGUGAAGAGUUUGGGCCAGUGUUUGUCCAGGAACCAGAUGACGCCAUCUUUCCGUUGCACUCUGAGGAGAAGAAAGUGAUGAUGAGCUGUGAAGCCAGAGGCAAUCCUGUACCUGUAUACAGUUGGUUUAUCAAUGGAACAGAAGUGGAUAUUGAGGCAGUUUACCGUUACAGCUUGAUCGACGGCAACUUGAUAAUAACCAACGCCAGCGAGACGGCGGACUAUGGGAGAUACCAGUGUAAGGCAGAGAACAGCUACGGGACGGUCCUGAGUCGGGAUGCACUGCUACAGUUUACCUAUCUGGAGUCCUUCAGUGGGAGGACGAGAGGAGGCGUGUCUGUAAGGGAAGGACAAGGAGUGGUGCUCAUGUGUACUCCACCCCCUCAUUCACCAGAGAUUAUCUACAACUGGGUUUUCAACGAGUUCCCGUCAUUUGUUGCCGAGGACAGCCGGCGGUUUAUCUCACAGGUAACGGGCAACCUGUAUGUCUCCAAGGUGCAGCCUAGCGACGUGGGCAGCUACAUCUGUCUGGUGAAGAACACGAUGACCAACGCCAGGGUCCUCAGCCCGCCCACUCCACUCACACUCAGAACAGAUGGUAUAAUGGGAGAAUAUGAGCCUAAAAUCGAGGUGCAUUUCCCCCAGUCUGUCCUGGCUGCCAGAGGAGUCACCGUGAGUCUGGAGUGUUUCGCCCUGGGGAAUCCCGUCCCAACCAUAACGUGGAGGAAGAUGAAUGGUAACAUCCCUAAGAAGGCUCGUCUGAGGAAGUCCCAGGCUGUUCUGGAGAUCCCUAAUGUACAGCUUGAGGACACUGGGACCUACGAGUGUAAAGCGGAGAACCCCAGGGGAGGAACAGCUUUCAAAGGACACAUCCAGAUCUACACCUUCCCCCAGUGGAUCAGCAUCAUAAACGACAGCCAGAAGACAGUGGAGAUCAGCUGCAUGGGAGUGCAAGGCCACAGGGAUCAUUUAGACCCAUAUACCCUAGUUCUAGAAUGGACAGCAUGA